AAGAAAAUCUGUUAAAUUUUGCUAGCUGUCUUCUGAGCAAUAGAAAAGUAGAUUAAUGUCCUCAAUUUGGUUCAAUUGAAAAUAAACAAGCUACAAUUUUAGGUCAUAGAACAAAAUUACUUAAAUAUAUCCACAAGUGUGUUCUUAUCAAGUCAUACAGUCAUGUAGAAAGGUAGUAAAUACACAAGCCUUUUUUACUUCUCUCGUAAGAUACUCAACUAUAUGGCUUAAUUAUAUAAUUUCCCCAAAAUCUACUUAAUCGUUAUCAGUUAUCAGCCAGACCACCACGAGUGCUGCAAUCAUACAUGUAUCGAAAUGUUUUGUUGUUAACAAUGAUAAUCUCUUUACUGCGCAUUCCCGAACUCAAAUAUAUUGUUGCAAUCAUUCCUUUUAUCCAGACAAUAUUUUUUUUUGUGUAUGUUAUCAGUGUCUGACUUUCUGAAGAUGUUGAAAAAUCAAUAAUUUUAGUAUAGCCAUUACUUUUAAUAUUUUUAAAGAGAAAAAUAAAGCAAUUGAUUGCUUCUUUGAGUGUUUUUCCUCGAGAGUCUACUUGAUUGACAAAAACAGUGACAAAAGGAGAGUGUAAAGAAAUAUUGUGCCAAUUAAUCAAAAUGGCGAGGAUGAUAAAAGAUAAGACUUUUUGCUAGUCGACUAAGCUUGUUGAACUUUCUUCAUAGCAACCAGCAUACUUUAAAGGAACCAAACAAAAACAUUUGCCAAAUUUACAAAAUUAUCAAGAGCCUGAAAUAAUCACGAAUGGUCACCGACGGUGGGGAUCCUUCUUUUUUGUUCACCUUAAAAAUGAAACGCCAAAAUAUCCGAACUUUAUCAUUAGUCGUCUGUACCUUCACAUAUUUGCUCGUGGGUGCUGCAGUCUUUGACAGAUUAGAAUCAGAAAAUGAAGCUAUUCGGUGGGAAUUUCUCAAAUCAGCAAAAGAAAACUUCCAUAAAAAGUACAAAAUGACUGAAGAAGAUUAUAGAAUGCUGGAAAUUGUUAUCAUAGAGAAUAAGCCUCAUAAAGCUGGACCACAAUGGAAAUUUCUCGGUGCAUUCUAUUUUGCGACUGUUGUUUUAGCUAUGAUAGGAUAUGGACAUUCAACGCCUAAUACGAAUGCUGGGAAGGCAUUCUGUAUGAUAUAUGCUAUGGUUGGAAUUCCUCUUGGUCUUGUUAUGUUCCAGUCGAUUGGUGAGAGGCUGAAUAAGUUUGCAUCCGUGAUAAUUAAGCGAUUCAAGAUAUUUAUGAAAUGCACGCAAACGGAAGCGACAGAGAUAAAUUUAAUGGCUGCAACAGGAUUCUUGUCAUCAAUUAUUAUUUUAACUGGAGCAGCUGUUUUUAGCAAAUAUGAAAAUUGGAGUUAUUUUGACUCGUUUUAUUACUGCUUUGUGACAUUGACGACUAUCGGAUUUGGAGACUAUGUAGCCCUUCAAAACGAUCGAGCGCUUCAAAAUAAUCCAGGAUAUGUAGCACUAUCGCUUGUAUUCAUUCUCUUUGGACUCGCUGUUGUUGCUGCUUCCAUCAAUUUAUUGGUCUUGCGCUUCAUGACGAUGAACGCUGAGGACAUGAGGAUUGAAAAUGAAGAACUUCAACGUCAGCAAUUAAAGUACAAUCCACAAAUUGUGACAGUUGAGGGCGAGAGAGAUAACAUAUCGAAUAAAUUAAUCAAUUCAUCGGUUAAUGAAGACCAACAAUCAGUAUGCAGCUGCAAUUGUAUGGGAACAAGCAGUGAAAAUGGUCAAUUAAUUGACGGAUAUUUGCCAACGGAUCUCAUAACUAGUGCUUUGAGCUUGAAAAGAGCGUCAGUGUAGAAAGUUCUUGAUUUUUUUUGAAAGACAAAUGACUCGACACUUUUCCUCUGACAAAUCAGUGACUAAGAAUUAAGAAUGUCAAUGAAUUAGGAAAUUCAGAGAGCAACGAGAAACUUUUAAAAUUUCAAAGGUUUUUAAAUAUUUAAAUUUAUAACGACUAUUUAAAAUUUGAAUAUUUUUGAUCCUUAGUCAAAGAUGAUUAUUUAUAAAUUUCUUUAAAUUGUCUUAAUUAUAGUGAGUCAUUCAGUCGCUGAACAUGACAUGACAUUUAAUACAAUUAACUAGCACAGUGAGCAAGCUCAAAGUCCAAAUAAACACAAUUAAAAUUGAGUCUCAAAAAUGCAGAAAUUCCAAUCAAAAUAAUUUGAAUUCAAAAAAGCUGUUGAAAACGGAAAAUUUGUUUAUAAAAUCAGUUAAACUUUAUUUAUUACUUAUGUACAUAUACAAAACUCAUGCCAAAUUUUCAAAAAAUAAAAUAUAGAGAUAAAAACGCAAAAGUUUUCGAUAGAAAAUUUAUUACGAAG